AUGACAUCCAGACGAUCCCAAUUCGUCAAAGAGGCGCCUCCUGGAGCUUACUCCCCAGACCCAACAUAUGUCUACACUGUCCACCCUCCUCAGACUCAAGAUCCGUUCCGAAACUUGCCUGCUCGCAUGGUUGAAGACUACAGUCAAAUGUAUCCUCCCUCUUCAGCUGCAACAAACAUCUUCGUUCCUGGCUGCUGCCGUCAUCGUCGCCGUGCGUCCCGGUACUCAAAGACCUACGAAAGCGAAGGUUCAACCAAAAGCUAUGCUUCUUACGAAGACGCUCACCCUGCUCAGCCUGUGGAUCGCCUCCCACCACGCAUCGCUCUGAAGCAGCUCUCGGAUUUUCUUCACGAAGCUGGCAUCUUCUACAACACGCAGCUCAUGGACUUUGCUCGUGAGCAUCAACGUCAGGGCCACGACACCUCCAAUGAAGCACUUCUACAGUGGCUCUGGAAUGACUGGACCCGAUCUCGCGAUAGCCCUACCCGUGAGAACUUUACAUCUACCAAGGCGAGCAUUACACUCUUGCUUCGUCAGGUUGAGACCGCCAUUGCGACGCCUUGGCUGGAGAACGCAGACCUAAACGUCAGAUUCGACUUCAGCUACAGAGCUCUUAAGAGUGCUUGCGAUGAGAUUGUCAGAUUGUCAGGCAAGGUCAUGAGCGAUUGGCAAACUUGUCGAUUUCUAGCUGUUGAGCUCAAGAAUGCCCGUGUUUAUGCCGAUCCGGAGGGGCCUGUUCUGAGACAUUUGUUUGUGGGAUGGGAGAAGGGCGAGCCUUGGUGA